AUGGUCAUAGAAAUGAUACUUGCUGUCCUAGUGGGAUGUUACAUCAUCUCUUCGUUGAUUUUGUUUAAGUUUCCUAUGCUGGUACACAAGAGGAAAGACGUGAAGUUCGUGUGUCGUCACAUCAGCCAUCGAGGAGGUGCAGGGGAAAAUUAUGAAAAUACAUUAUCAGCUUUCAGACAUGCAGUGGAGCUGGGUACUGACAUGCUGGAAUUGGACUGUCAGCUGACCAGGGAUGGCCAGGUUGUGGUAUCACACGAUUCUGUCCUUGAUGUGCGGACGGAGUUAAAGGGAGCAAUAUCUGAGUAUGACUAUGCAGAACUUCCACCAAUCAAAGAGCACAUUCCUGUGGACUUCAUGCCAGGAACUUCAUUUUCAAGCAAGAGCGAAGACAGAAGAUUUCCACUGCUUGAAGAAACGUUCCAACAUUUCCCAAGCACCCCCAUCAACAUUGACAUAAAAACUGACAAUAAUGAGCUCAUUGAAAAAGUUAGUGAUCUGGUCAAAAAGUAUGGGCGAGAACAUAUAACAGUUUGGGGCAAUAUCAAGGAUGUAGUGACACGGAAGUGCUACAAGAUGAAUCCCAAUGUUUGCUUGCUCUUCAGCGCCCGGCGUGUGUGUGUUAUGCUCCUUCAGCUCUACACGGGAAUACUGCCAUUCAUGCCUGUCAAGGAAACUCACCUAGAAAUUUUCAUGCCAGCACAUAUGAUGAAAAUCUAUAGCAGCCGUUUUGAUGUGAAAUGGUGGCACAUCAUUGUUGCAAAAAUUGCCAACAUGCUACUAAUUAGGCGUUCUCUUUUUGAGCACCUGUCUAAAAGAGGAGUGCAGACCUACUUAUGGGUGAUGAACACUGAAGAAGAUUUCCGCUGUGCCUUUGAGACAGGAGCUACAGGGGUAAUGACAGACUAUCCCACUAAACUGAAGACAUUCCUUGAGGAGAAUCCUCAGUAUUGCCUCAAUCACAAACUCAGCCUCACUUAAGGUUACCCUUCAUCUCUUCACAUGAUCACAUUUGGUUCACAUGAUAAGUGACAACAGUGGUUAUGAAGUGUUGAAUAAUCAUCUGUUACAUCCAUGUAAGUACAAGGAUACAUUGCAAUAGUUUUGGGUGCUGAUGCAUGUUGUGUCACAAAAAUAUUGAACAUAUUUGUGGAGCUUGAUAGGCCUUCAAGAGCUUCUUUUUUAUUUUUCAUAAGUAUUUAAAGACUGUACUUAAGGCAAUGGUGCAGUAAUUUAUCAGGUUCAUGCCCCUUGUGAUAUUUGUUGUUCAUGCAGAAAUAUGAAUAUGUCAUUUAAAAUGCAAUCCAGAUUGAAAAGUCUUUAUCAGUGCCUAAUUUUAAGAUUGAAAUUUCCAUUUGUAUGUGUACCAUAUUAUUUGAAAAGUAACUUUGCUUUACAGCUUUUGCUGUGUUUCAGUAUCUUACAAAUCGCAACUCAUCAUAGGAAGUAAAUUACUGAUCUAUAAUUUGCACUUUCAGUAACUUCCUGCCUUAUUUUUCAUGUAGUGUCAGUUGCUGGGAGCUUUAUCAAAUCAACAACAUAAUUUGAACACAGCAGCACAACAGGACUUUGUUCACUCUGUAAUUCAACCAUUUAUGCAGCACUUAAACGAGAUUUGGUAUUCAAAGAUACCAUUGGAACAUUACAUUGCUUUGGAGAAUAGAGAACGUAGUCAGACACGAUAAAUAGUAAGUAAUAAUGUAGGAAUAAAGAUACUUAUUAUUUAUUAUAAAUUCUUCUGACUAGUAAUAUGCAUUCAAUAAGACACUUAACCAGAUGGAAGCACUAGUAGUUGAUCACCAGCAUAUUUAGACAGAUGAAACCCCCUCAUGUGGUUACCAUAGUAUGUAGUCAUCUAUUCUACUUUCCAUAGGUGGGUGUUAUCACGAUAAAUUAUCGCGAUAAGAAUAUUGGGUUAUUGGUUAUCUGAUAAUUAUUUUUCCUGCAUUAUCAAUUCAUUGGUAUCACCAAUACUUUUGGUUCCAAACUAGUAAUAAUCAGUAAUUCUAGUUUUUAGAACAUGAACAUGUUGAAGUUUUAAACUUUCAAAACCAAAUGUUAUUUUACUUAAAACUACUUUUCAUUAGUGAAGAGACAAGAUAAACAUUGAAUUUGAAGAUUUCUAAAGUUUUUCUAAUUAUUCUAAGAUAGAUAUAAAAUAAAGACUUGGAAUUA